GGAGACACGCGGCAAGUUGAGCUUUGGGUGCAGCGGACUGCAAUGGCAUCCGUGGUGUCUAAUCUCUCGUGGAGUUCUUCGUCUCUGCUGCAGAGCAUUGGUGAAAGAUUGAAUGAAGGCACUAACUUGCCCAACAAUAAGAGGGUCUUUGUGGUUUUUGCUCAAAAGAAGACGAAGAAAACUCGAAAGAUUAUCCUGAAGGAAGACAUGCCUGAUCUUGGAAAGAAAGGGCAACUUCUUGACGUGAGGGCUGGUUUUUUCAGAAAUUAUCUGCUUCCCAUGGGAAAGGCCCAGAUUGUCACUCCUUUGCUGCUCAAGGAAAUGAAGAUGGAGGAGGAAAGAAUUGAGGCUGAGAAAAGACGGGUAAAAGAAGAGGCACAGCAACUUGCUCUUAUUUUUGAAACAGUCGGAGCUUUUAAGGUGAAGCGUAAAGGUGGUAAAGGAAAACAAAUUUUUGGAAGUGUUACAGCUCAAGAUCUUGUUGAUAUAAUCAAAGCACAGCUUCAGAGGGAGGUGGACAAGAAAAUUGUUUCUCUUCCAGAGAUCCGGGAAACAGGAGAGUAUAUUGCAGAGUUAAAGCUACAUCCUGAAGUUACAGCUAGAGUUCGGUUGAAUGUUUUUGCUAACUAAGCACAGCCUGUUCUGAAAUUUCGUCUGCUGGUGCAAGCUUCCUGCUUCAGCCUAAGAUUCUGAUUGAUUUGGAUGCUCAUAUUGGAAGGCUACAAAUUUGCUGAAACUGACUGAUUAAGCUCGUAUAUUCUAGCAGCGGUUGUUUAUUGUUUUUCAUGUAAAUUUUUUUUGGUGGGUCCUGUGAAACAAUUUCAUUUUCUAGAGUUUUAAAUGAAAAGAUGCAAUUAAAGAUAUUGCGAG